AUGACAAUGACAUCACUAAACGACAACAAUAAGCAAUUUGUUGGUAAUAUCGAAACAAUUCGAAAAGUGUCUAUUACUAUUUCUAUUAUAUUUGUACCAUUUGUUUUGUUUCUCGGUUUUCUUUAUUUACAUUAUACGUGGCCAUAUCCAACAGAUCGACAAUCAAGUUAUGAUGAUGAUGAUAGUUAUAAUUCAGAUGUUGAACAGUUAAAAAACAUGACUUUAAAUUCAUCUAAAACAGAAUUAAGUGGUUAUUCAACUGAACAAUAUAUUAAAUCGUCAAUAACAAAAACAAACAUCGCUCAUAAUUAA